AUGAGCCUCCGUCCAAUUCCGGCCGACGACCUAACCACCAUCAACCACCUCUCCAUCGACGAGACAACAAACUGCAUCAUGCCCCCUCCACCUCCGCCGCCGCCGCCGAUGCCUGCGAUGGGCGGCCCUCCUCCGCCUCCCCCGCCGCCAGGAGGUCCUCCUGGAGCUGGCACUCUACCUUCGAGACCACCACCAGGAGGCAGAGGCGCUCUACUCUCCGACAUCACGAAAGGCAGGGCUCUCAAGAAAGCCGUUACGAACGAUAGAUCUGCGCCGGUAGUUGGGGGUUCGUCUGGUGGCGUUUCCUCCGGAGGACCGCCUCUAGGAGGUGCGCCUCCGGUCCCAGGCUUUGGUGGUGCCCCUAAACCUCCCGGUGGCCUCGCUCCUCCGGUGCCCGGAAAUCGAGCUAGAAGCAAUAGCGACCAGAGCGGGCGAGAAAGCGCGCCUGCACCGCCCACACAGGCAGCACCACAAUUAGGGGGACUCUUUGCGGGAGGCAUGCCGAAGCUGCGGAAGACUCGUGGCGCCGUUGAUACCGGUGCUUCUAUGGACUCGUCAUAUCUGUCGGAUCCCGAGAGCAAUGUGCGGUCGUCCUCUGCGCCGAAGCCACCAACAUUCGGAGCACCAAAACCUCCUGGCGGUGCGGCGCCGGCCCCGCCGGGAAGGCCGCCUUUACCUCCUCCCAACGCCGCACCGGCCCUGCCACCAUCCAUUGCCAACUUGCGCAAGACGCCCAGCGAUCUACCUCGGCCAGGCUCUUCAGCAUCGAUGAAAGGACCUCCGCCUCCUAUAGGCAAGAAGCCGCCGCCACUGCCAGCAUCCCGGAAGCCCUCGACUACGCCGAGCCACCCGCCUCCAUUACCUGGAUCGCCAGCUCCAGGAGCACCCCCUCCACCACCUCCAUCGUCUGCUCCAGCACUUCCGUCCGCACCCCCCUCGGCGCCGCCACCACCCCCUGCUGCUGCUGCUCCCAGAGCUCCAGCGCCAUCGCCUCCGUCGAGGUCCCCAGCACCUCCACCUCCUCCACCGGCCUCAAACGGACCUUCGCCGCUGGCAAUGCAAGCCGCUUUACGAGCAGCCGGCCAGGCAUCUCCAAGUGCUGCUCCACCGCCUCCCCCAUCGGCGGCCCCCUCGCCCCCCGCCUCUGCACCUCCUCCACCAGCAGCACCCCCUACGAGGGCCCGUGCUGGUUCUGGUCUACGAUCUUCUAUGCUAGAUCCAAGCGCCUUCACGCUUGCUCCCAAUGGUGCAAAGAGUCCAAGUCCUACUCGAACGAACACGAUGAGCAGUCUCAAUGUCGGCGGUGGUGGUCAACGAUACAUCGUACAAGAUCCUCGAUGGAAGUUCCAGGAUGAUGCCAUGUUGCCAAAGCCAAGGGACUUUGUAGGCGGUCCCCGGCGAUACAGAGCCGGCAGAGGUAGCAGUAGUGGCGACCAGCCUCGGGCAAUCUACAUGAAUCAAACGAUCUGCACUGCUAUGAUUCUUGGUGGAAACGCACCCCUUGUUGCUGCAUGGAAAAGACGGAGAGGGUUCAAUUUCGACGCCUUUUGCCGGUGGGCUAUUGUUAGUCGCCAAAUUGAGGAUAUUCUGGAGGAUUCGGACUCCGCAAAAUCUUAUACAACGGAACAAGCAUUCGCAACACAUCCUGAAGGCGUCGUCGUAUCGGCACUUCUUGGCCCCAUUACCUUGGCGAAACGAUCGACUGAGACGAAUCUAGAUCUCUCGGCUGUACUCGUCUUGGGAAAUCUCUUGGUUUUCUUGGUAUUCUUGGUACCAAGAACCAUGGUUGCUUGUCGAAUGCUUACACUCAACGUCCUCUUCUUCGGAUGGAACGGGGGGUUUCUACAGAUUCUCUUACAGGGUCCAAGCACUCGCAGCGAUCUGGAGAGUGAAGAAGAGCAAAAGAUCACGUCAUUCAAGGGAGCCAUCACGCUAGCGAGAUGCUCGGUCUUUCUGUUAGACAUUGAACCAGUACUGGAGUGGAUCCGCCGUUGUGUAUUAGUCACGUCCGUCCGUCUUCGAGGCAGCCCUCAUCUACCUCAAUCCCUGAAUGCCAGUCGCCUCCGUAUAGGCCCGAUGGGAAGAACAUUCAACCCAGCACGAUCACGAUCACGAUCCUACCUUUCACAAAUUGAUAAUGAUAACCCCUCAUGUCGUCCAGUUGAACCUGGCAUGCUUCAUCAACCGGGCACCCUCGUCAACGCAACUGGUAGUCAGUAA